AUGGACGGAGAAGCCACAAUCGAUCGAAAACCACGAAUCGUACUUCGAGAAAAGAAGCGAGGAUCCGCUGCCCGUGUAGCUAUGAAAGAGCAAUGGAGGAACUCCACAAACAUGCUAGAUUCCAUUUAUCUAGAUGUGGCAAAAACUAUCCCCUCCGUUGAUGCCAUGUCAACCCUAGACCUUCGGAAACCAAUGAUGCAAACUGGAACCCUACCAGCACCAUCAUCCAAGCAGCGGGAGUUCAAAAACUUCACUAGCUACUCACCAAUGUCAUCUUCGACUCUAAUGGGAAAACGGAGUCAGAGUUUGGCUCAACUUGGAGCUACUACACCGGAUACCACAAGAGAAUUCAAUAGGAAGUUUAAGAAUUCCGUGGAGACUAGUGAUAAUAGUACGGUAGCGUCGUCGGAUGUGGGAGGAGGUCUUCUGGAACUGAUUGAGGAGAUUCAACCAAAAGCAAGUCGGAUGUAUAGGGAAUAUGAUGAAUUGAGCAGUUUGGUGAAUCUACUCACCCAGUGGCAUACGCUGAUUAAGAUGAAUAAGAAGGGUUCCUCACAAGCCAAAAAACCGUCGAUGCACUCGAUGAAUUCCUUGCCACGCAACCAUCCGAUGACGUCAUCAACAGCGUCAGAUGAAUUGGAUGACAAUGUAUUGAUAACCAAUGAGAUACACUCCGAAAACGACAGUGGUAUCGACUCGCUACGACAGAAUUGCUCACCCUACGUACUCGAUGGUUACAGUAAGAAUGGCUCAAAGGGAAGUAGAGAGGGCGCCCGAUUCCGACAACUCAAGGAACGAAGGAAGUCCCUUGGCGCACUAAUGGAUUCAUCGGAAAUUGAGAAGCUGUAUCUGGAAAGUGACUAUUUCUGGCAGACGGCUUGUAAUGAUGAUGCUAACCAAACAGUCACAGGAAGUUCAGAAGUCGACACUUGUCUACAGUACCAUCUCAUGAGGAUUCUCAAGUGUUUGGAGAGUCUCGAGAGCAUCGAGACGGACUGCCCGCUAGUCUACAAGACGUCAGAAAUGUUGAAACGGUUGGAAGUGGAAACUGUGACCCUUGACGAUCUUCUGAGGAUCGCCAAAAGUGCGCCAGCUCUCCCCAAUAUUUCAAAUGUGCUCACAGAGAUUGAAGCUUGUCCUGAGGUGCAGGAGAUCUGGCUAUCUACAUGUUAUCCAUUGAAUUCGUCGUUAAUUGUGCCGAAGGACAAGUUGAAGACACAAAUCAAACUGCAAAUCGCACAUAUCACAGAACAGAUCUAUCCGCAUCUUGUUAGUCGAGUUGCCGAAUCGAUCAUCCGUCUUCUCAACGACAAUGUUCAAAACGAUCAAUGCCCACAUGUGACCGUAUUCCAUUUUGUGGGAAUUUUUAAAGGCCGUCAUUUUGAGCCAUACAUUGAGAAUAUGGGACAUGACGCGUGGAUGGUGACACUUUUGGAUACGGAACACUUGCAAAAAGUGGCUCAAGUUGUGGAUCGACUAUCGAAUGUUCCAGUGGUGCCACCAUUGGAGUCUCUGAAACAUUUGGGUGUAUUGUUAGCACGAGCGGAUUUCAGGAUCGCAGUGAUUAUAGAACAAUACCUUCGAGCAGCUUCUGGUCAUCUUCAGUCGGAUCUUCUCUCCUCGUACCUAUGUCUUUUGGAGGAUGACUCAGAGGACGCAAGACUUGGAGCUCUCAAAGCUCUCGCUAUUUUUGAUAACCCACGAAUCUCGAAACAAAUCGCCUAUGUCGCCGAACACGAUGCCUCAGAAGACGUCCGUCAGUUUGCCACGUCAAUGUUGCGUGGAUUUGAAGAGGAGGUGACACGGAUUUAG